AUGAAGACAUCAGAGAUCGCUUUUUUCGCCGCUGGAUUUGGCCUGGGAGCCCUCGCAGGAUAUUAUGCAUCAAAGAUGUGGAGACAGGCUAAAGGAAAUGAUGGAGAUAUUGAGAGAGAUAGUGUUGAAGUGAGGAGGGAAAUUGAUGAUGAAAUGGAUAGCGAAAUGAGUAAUGAGAAGGCAUUCCUGGCUACUGCUCUGCCGGACGGUCCCAGUGCUUCCCGCCAAAGCAACUCCGAGGGGCCCAGCUCGGAAGGGGCCCGCUACGGAACGAGGACGGCCCCCACGAAAUGCCACCGUUCCAUCUGCCCAGCAAAUAAGAGACUGUCUCCUGCGGACGGUCAGCGAAAGAGUGCUCGCGACCAGGAGAACCGAGUGACUUUCCCAAAGCAGGACAAGGCGAAGUUCUCCAGGAAAUACGACUCGCAAGGCAUGCCGGAAGAUUCCGGAUUCGUUCCGCUGCUGGAUCCUUACGGGAAGAAACCAAACGGUAGGCGAGCACCUAGACACAGACCGAUACAACCGAAACAGACCAAGGAACUGCCAGGAAAGACAGCACCACGAACCACUUUGCCCAAAAGCAGAUCCCAUGCCAAACUGCGAGUGCGAAGCUCCGUUAAGAAUUUCAAAGGUCAAAAACCACCAAAAGGAUUGCCGAGCUUGGUGAAAUCACCUCCUCAGGAAGAACUGUCGGCAAGAGAAAGCGUGGCAGAAGAGAACCUCUUGGGCAAUGGCCGUUUCGAAAUCAUCCGCGGAGGCAUGUUCUCGGAUCUCGAAGAAAACGAAAUAGCAGGAAGUCGCAGAAGCGGAAGAGGAGGUCACUACGAUGCUUAUCAGACCAACUACAACGCGAUGCAAAAUUUUCAGUUCCCCCGCUAUUACUUGAACCGAGGGCCCAUGGCGCCAUAUCAUCCCAUGUUCUUUCCGAGGGCGGCUCUGUCUGCAAGAUAA